AUGGCGUCCGUCCUGACCGUCCUGUACAACCAGCCCAAAGAGGGCGAGUUCUUCGACAUGGACUAUUAUGUCAACAAGCACAUGCCCAUUGCGAACGAGAAGUGGACGCCUCUCGGCCUCAAGAGCUGGCAGGUCAUCAAGUACGGCCCCGACGCGCCCUUUUACGGGGGCGUCAUCUUGAACUUCGAGAAGCCUGAGGCCGCGGCCAACGUUUUGACGGCAACCGAGUCACAGCCCGUCUUUGACGAUGUUCCCAACUUCACCAACCUGAAGCCCAUCCUGCUGCCCGCAAACGUCGAGGGCAGCUGGGAGCGCAAGUGA